AUGCAGAGGGCAAUUGCGGUGGAGUUAAACCUUGGCCAUUUAAUGCCUGUGUUUGAUAAGCAUGAUGAGGAUGAUGAUUUUAGAGGGAUAGAUAUCUGCUCUAGAGUAGAAAUACCAAGCGUCGGAAGUGAGAUCAAUGCGUGUCUAAGUAAUGAAAGAUUUAUGAUGAUUUUCCAUUAUGGGGGAGAAGAAGACAUCGAUAUGUCAGACUCUGGCAUUCCUAAUCCUGAAUUUGGACCUUAUGCUUUAGGGAAAUUGUUAUGGAGCAGUUAUGGAAGAUUUCAACUUUUAGGGAGAAAAGAGAAGUUGAAGGCUAAUGCUGCUUGUUCUAGAACAAUUAGUUUAAUACCAAAGGAUGUUACAAUUCAUAGUCAACUAUUUUAUCAGUCAUUGCACAAAGAAGCCAUUGAAGUGAUUGGUUACACUGGCAUGGAUGACGUGAACCCAACAAUAGUUCUGGACUGCUUCUUGUACUCACUUUUCCUGACAAUGGAACAACACGGAAAGUCUAUCAACGUUGACUAUGGUUGGGAUGCUCAUGCUUGCAACUACUGGAUAUGUGAUGGUAUCCUUCAAGGGGACAGUGCCUACAAGGUUGGCAGUGCAUUGUAUGGAGUUAUACAAAUUGCAUCCUAUCCACCCAGUAUAGAUGAAUCAUCGUCGAGAUAUUUUUAUGAACAAAGAAAUAUAUAUGGAAACUGGGUUUCAAUCUCCUCAAACCAACUAGGAGCUCAAGAUAUCUCAACUGUUCCAGACAAUACAUCAUCCUAUUUCCUAACAUUUGGAGGAGAUGGUCGGCUACAACUACCAAAUGAUAUGUUUCAACUAGCCAGCAACCUUCGUGUGCUGAAACUUUGCAAGUGCAACUUUGAUUUUGCAUCCCCUCCUUUCCGAUGCUGCAACAACCUAAGAUUUCUUUGGCUUGACCAUUGCACAAACACAGGGGAGGAGCAAGGUGGAGGGCCAUGUUUCCCAAACCUAUUGGUGCUUGACAUACGCUUCACAGACUUUGUCUUGCUAACAAAGAUGAUGGAGCUCAUGACAAAUCUUAGGGAGGUAAACACCAAGGGUGUCUCAUGGAGGACUGUAUGUCAUGCAUGGAAAAAACUACAGAAACUUCACAAGCUACGGGUAACUGAAUCCUUGGAUCUGAUCACAGUGGACACCUUAUCUUCCAUAGAUAUGAUGAAUCUAGAGCUCCUUGACUUGUCUGGUAAUAUUCAUAUGAAAUCAUUGCCUGCAAUGUCAUCUGCUGGAAAAUUGAAGAUGCUUGUUCUUGAUGGUUGUUCUAGCAUAGAGCAUGUUGAACUCGAAGGAGCACCUCCACUGCUUGAGAGUUUUAGCUUUGACGGUUAUGGCCCAGCAGAGAACUGGACACAUCCCAUACAACUUCCAAAAAAGGAACUGCGUCCCAAAUCUCGCACUGCUUUAUUUCAAGAAGCCAAUGUGAGAAGGAUCUCCCUAAAUGGUUGCGCUCGAAUGCAAACCAUUUUCUUGCGUGCAUUGCCCAAUCUUGAGGAGUUGGACCUCUCUGGCACUGCCGUUAAAACACUUGACCUGGAUGCAAUGGAUAUCCCACGGCUCAAGAAACUAUUCCUGCUGGGUUGUGAGCAACUCCGUAGCAUUCUCUGGGAAGAACGACACCCUUCACUGGAAGUUUUACAUGUAGACACUCAGGGGAGGAGUAGAACAAUGAUAUGUUGUGGAGAACAGCUCCUCUGA